CGCAGGCCCCAACUUCCUUUACCUUCGGCUUAACUUCAUUCCUUCCAUUUGUCAAGACUCUUCAGUCUUAAUCGGCUAUCCUUGUGGGUAGAUUCUCCAGAGAAAGUAAUAAUAGUGCUACCAGGACAAUGCAAACCAACAUUUUCGUUAAACUGCUGUUUAUUUUUUCAAUGAUGAUGGCUGCUCUGCCAGAAAAUUCAGCUACCAUUGCUGAGCCCAAGGCCCCCAAUUUCCAAUAUUUUGAAAGGCCAAAGUAUCGUUACCCUUACUACGAUGAGAAUGGCAGAGGAAGACUACUUUAUGGCUACGGUGGCCCAGAUCUCUACCAAUACCGCACGUACAGCGCACUCGAAGGCAUUCAUUAAUCGUUCAUAACUUUAUUUUAGAAAAAUAGUAAAAAAAAAA